AUGCGCGAUGGCAAGGACUGGCGAAGCAUCGAGAGAGCCAGAGAGCGUCAGCAGGAGGUUGCUCGACGUGUGCUGUCGAAGCGAGCCACAUCUCCGUCAAAGAUUCCCAUGGAUCAGCGAAGCGCAUUCCACGAUGCGAGGGAGGUCUUGAACGAUCUUCGGAACUUUGGCAUUCUUCUCGGUAUCGAUCAAUGGAGUCUCACAACAAGUCUGUGGGUCACUGGAAUUGUGCAAGUGACAGCAUUUUCCUUGUUGAUCUCCAGCAGCUGGGUGCUUCCAUGGAUCAUUCCCACGAGUACUGUAGGAUUCGUCAUGUCUAUCGCCAUGUUCCUGUGGUACAUGAGGGAGCAGAACGAAACGGCCAUCAUUAUCUACGUAUGCCUCUGCGUUUGCAUCUUUUUCAUCGCGUUGGCAGAUGUACUUUCUUCUCUUCAUUCUGACCUGGCUGUGGAUAAUUUUGUGCGGCAGAUCAUCGUGGUCAGGAAUCAUGCUCAUUUGCCUGAGUGUAGUUCGUCUUAUCAGAUCAUAGCGCCAGCUAUUGUGAUGUUCGUGGAGCUCAUUGCAAGCUUGGUCGCAAUUUACAUAUGUGUAUUCAAGACAACGUACAUUCCUCGAAAACACAAAUCAAAACUUACUUUCAGACGGCACAUCAAGCGAAUAUAUGACAGCGUCAUGCAGGGCAUGAUGUCUAGGGUAAAGAGAUUUCAGAAUCGAUUUGAAAGUCAAGAGUACAAGGAGUACAAACAAAUCGCAGCACGAAACAUCACUUGGCUGAACGGCAGAUUCGACCGAACUCUUGAGAUUGUUGUUGACAUCUACCAGAAAUUCAAAACAUUUUUCUCCGAUGCACUGAGAGAAGCAGCAAUUGAGGAGGUUGUUCUCCCCAGCUCGAAGGAUGGAAGUUCAAGCAAAGACAAUGAAGACGAAGGAUUGGAUGAAUGA